ACACAGCCAUCUACGGUGUGUGUGUGUGUGUGUGUGUGUGUGUCUGUGUUCAUUCAGAGCAGCGAUCAGAGAAAGAAACGUCCAAACUGCAGUGAAGGAACCGACCAGGCAGCAGGUGGCGUGAUGUCGGUGUCUCAGAUCACACCCACGCUGUUCCUCAGCGGAGCCGACGCCCCCCUCAACGCCGCGCUGAUGUCACAGAAACACAUCACGCUGAUCGUCAACGCCACGCUGAGCCACGCCUCCCCGGCCUACCCGGGCGUGGAGUGCGUGCGCGUCCCCGUCUCCGACCUGCCCAGCGCGCGCCUCGGAGACCACUUCGACCGCGUGGCUGAGCGAAUCCACGGCAACCGUGCGGGGGGGACCCUGGUGCACUGCGCCGUCGGCAUGAGCCGCUCGCCGGCGCUGGUCAUGGCGUACCUGAUGCGCUACAGAGGCGUGACGCUGGGCCAGGCGCACCGCUGGGUGCAGGACAGCCGGCCGUUCGUGCGGCUCAAUGCCGGCUUCUGGGAGCAGCUGCUGCAGUACGAGAGGAGGCUGUACGGCAAGAACACCGUCAGGGUGGCGCCCGUGCAGGAGGUGGUACCACGGUCGCCGCUGCUGCCCCCGCCGCGGCUAACGCUGGUCCCAAGAUCGCCUCUGAUGUCACGGCCGCAGGCGAUGACGCCAGCUAGCAGGCGCAGAAGAGGAACCAAAGCCAGCGCUGUGAAAAUCUGAGCAGCGGAAAAAACACAGCAGGGCAGAAGAAAGGCGGGGAUUUUGGGGCUCCAGUCCUGAAUAUUUCUCAAAAAAACCUGAAUCUGUCCGUUAACUCUCAGCUUUCACAGCCGCUACAUGUGCACAAACAAGACUAAAAGAACCACCACAUGCUUGCUCUUUACGUGACCGAGGAGAGAUCCUUCUGCCCAAACUCCCUGAACUCUGCUACUGCUAAACCUCGGAAACAGAGUCUUCCUCGGUUUAUCUUCGCCAUUUCACAGAGUACUACAUGCACAGAAGAAAGGAAAACAUGUUGGUAAUCAGUGCAAUUAAU